UGCCUGCUCCUGCCGCCCAUCAUCAAAGAGAAGAAGGACGUCGACGCUGCGGGAAUAAAAGUGCGGAAUUCCAACAUUCGAUCUACUUCUCUGCUGGGAAUCCACACUCGGCCGGCGUUAUCCUCGCAUUGAAGGCCGCCAAAGCCACGCUGUGUCCGGUGGCGUCGUCGAAGAAGGACGCGGGAAGCUCGCGGUUAUGUGACCACGUUUCCCAUGGAGCCUUGCAGCAACGCUGUUUACACAUGGACACACUGCUCAGUGCUGCAGGUCCAAGGAGCCACUGAGCCACAACAACUUGCCAUAUUGUGAUAGCAGCCAUCCUCUCACCGCUUUGAGACCUCUGGUCCAAAAAGUUCUAUCAUCCCCUUCCCACUUCUGACCCGCCGGAGCAUCCGUUUGUUGCUGCUGCACGAUGGGAGGUCUUCUGCUGCGUCUGGCUGUCAUGGCCGCCUCGCUGCUGAUGGUCCUCAGAGCUGAAGCCGCAGGUCAGAAUCCCGACCACGUCCUGCAGGGCACGGGCGUGAAGCCGGAGAUCCGGCGGCCCGGCGAGGAUUCCACCAUCGCGCCCGAGGACGCCGCCCGUUUCCUCAGCUGCUACUGCUCUGGACACUGUCCUGAAGACGCCACCAACAACACCUGCCAAACCAAUGGUCAGUGCUUCGCCAUCAUCGAGGAGGACGAGCACGGCGAGCCCAUCCUCACCUCGGGCUGCAUGAAGUAUGAAGGCUCACACUUCCAGUGCAAGGACUCUCCCAACGCUCAGACCAGGAGGACCAUCGAGUGCUGCAACACGGACUUCUGCAAUCGGGACCUGCAGCCCACACUGCCCCCGCAGGAGCCUUCUGAAGGCAGCCCCCACUGGUUGGCCUUCCUGGUCUCCAUGACGGUGUGCUGCUGCACGCUCAUCUGUGUCACUGUGGUCUGCUACUACAGGUACAAGUGGCAGAGCGAGCGUCAGUGCUAUCACAAAGACGUGGAACAGGAAGUGUUCAUCCCAGCUGGGGAGUCCCUCAAAGACCUCAUCCACCAAUCACAGAGCUCUGGCAGUGGCUCUGGGCUCCCCCUGCUGGUUCAGCGUACCAUCGCCAAGCAGAUCCAGAUGGUGCGACAGAUCGGGAAAGGUCGCUACGGCGAGGUGUGGCUGGGCCGCUGGAGGGGAGAGAAGGUGGCGGUCAAAGUCUUCUUCACCCGCGAGGAGGCCAGCUGGUUCAGAGAGACCGAAAUCUACCAGACGGUCCUGAUGAGACACGACAACAUCCUUGGCUUCAUCGCUGCCGACAUCAAGGGCACGGGCGCCUUCACGCAGCUGUUCCUCAUCACGGAUUACCACGAGAACGGCUCCCUGUACGACUACCUGAGGACAACCACGCUGGACACGCACACGCUGCUGAGGCUGGCGUACUCCACCGCCUGCGGCCUGUGCCACCUGCACACGGAGAUCUACGGCACGCAGGGCAAGCCCGCCAUCGCCCACCGCGACCUCAAGAGCAAGAACAUCCUCAUCAAGAAGAACGGCGCCUGCUGCAUCGCCGACCUCGGCCUCGCAGUCAAGUUCAACAGCGACACGAGUGAGGUGGACGUGCCCCUGAGUGCGAGGGUGGGCACCAGACGCUACAUGGCACCAGAGGUCCUGGAUGAGAGCCUGAAGAAGAACCAGUUCCAGGCUUACAUCAUGGCCGACAUGUACAGUUACGCUCUGGUCGUCUGGGAGAUGACUCGGCGCUGUGUCACUGGAGGGAUGGUGGAGGACUACCAGCUGCCGUAUUUCGAUGUGGUGCCGUGUGAGCCGUCGUACGAGGACAUGUUGGAGGUGGUGUGUGUGAAGGGUCAGCGACCCACCGUGUCAAACCGCUGGAACAGUGAUGAGUGUCUGCGCGCCAUGUUGAAGCUGAUGUGCGAGUGCUGGGCUCACAGCCCCGCCUCCCGCCUCACCAUCCUGCGCGUGAAGAAGACGCUGGCCAAGAUGGUGGAGUCUCAGGACAUCAAGAUCUGACCUUUUGAACCGAAGACGGCGCCUCGAGUCAGGACGAGGACGCGCGUCUUUUCCCGGAGUGACGCUUUCUGUGAAAGCCAAGCGGGCGACUUCCUGUCUCCCUGGGAAGGAGGAGGCGGGGCCUCCGCAUGACAAUGGUGACACUUUUCAAAGCCCUGCCCCCAAAAACUUUUCAAGACAAGUUCAGUUCGGAUUUUCCUCCUCCUCGUCGUGUUGGAUGCGGUCGCCAUGGAGACAUCCACCGUCCUCUUUGCUUGUCCUAAAGGAUCUCAUUGGUGGAGACAACCCUCAGUGGGCGGGGCUGACUGGAUUAUUAGAACUUUAUUUAUAACAAACACCUCAACAGGAAACGGGGGAUAAAAAUGUCUUCUUAGCUUUGGCUCCUCCCACUGAGCUUCAUACGUCCAAUCAGACUUUGUAAAUGUUUUCAUUGAGAUUUAUUCUUCAGUUGCCAAGGAUGUUCAGCAGUUACAAGCCACAUUUAAACCAACAAAUCAUCUUUUUACAUUUAUUUGGUUGCGCUAAACUGAAGUUCAGAAUGUUUUUCUGCCAGAGUGACCUUUUUUUUGGUGUUUUUCUCUUGGAAAUAUGCAAGAAGUUUAGAAAUAAUGUGGUAUGUAAAAUGUUUUGUACUUCAUCUGGUUGUGUUCACGUGUAUCCACUUUGUCCAUUGUAACAAUUCCAAGUAAAUAUUAUUUUUAGUACUCAAA